GUGUGCAUGUGCAGAAAGUAGAUGUGGGUGCGGGCGCGGGCUCGGGGCGCGUGCAGAGGGCGGCGGACCUCAGGCCGGGGGGGCGGCAGUGACAGCCGCGCCCGCGCUCCCCGCGCGUAGGUGUGCGGCGCGCUCCUGGCGAGGACCGAGCGCGCGGAUCUCGCGUGUGCUCGCCGCCAGGCGCAGCCCAGCCCGGCCCCCGCCCGGCGCCGCGAGCCAAGGUGUCGCCCGCGCCCGCGCCGGAGUCGCCGCCGUGCCCGCGAGCGGGAGCCGGAGUCGCCGCCGCCGAGCGCAGCAGAGCGCACGCCGACCCGGUCCGUCGCCGCCAUGGCCACCACGGUGACCUGCACCCGCUUCACCGACGAGUACCAGCUCUACGAGGAUAUUGGCAAGGGGGCUUUCUCUGUGGUCCGACGCUGCGUCAAGCUCUGCACCGGCCACGAGUAUGCAGCUAAGAUCAUCAACACCAAGAAGCUGUCGGCCAGAGAUCACCAGAAGCUGGAGAGAGAGGCUCGCAUCUGUCGCCUUCUGAAGCAUUCCAACAUUGUGCGCCUGCACGACAGCAUCUCCGAGGAAGGGUUCCACUACCUGGUCUUCGAUCUGGUCACUGGUGGGGAGCUCUUUGAGGACAUUGUGGCCCGAGAGUACUACAGUGAGGCCGAUGCCAGUCACUGCAUCCAGCAGAUCCUGGAGGCUGUUCUUCAUUGCCACCAAAUGGGGGUCGUGCACAGGGACCUUAAGCCUGAGAACCUGCUUUUGGCCAGCAAGUGCAAAGGAGCCGCGGUGAAGCUGGCAGACUUCGGUCUGGCUAUUGAGGUGCAGGGGGACCAGCAGGCGUGGUUUGGGUUUGCUGGCACGCCAGGCUACCUGUCCCCAGAGGUCCUGCGAAAGGAGGCAUACGGCAAGCCAGUGGACAUCUGGGCAUGUGGGGUGAUCCUGUAUAUCCUGCUUGUGGGCUACCCCCCCUUCUGGGAUGAGGACCAGCACAAGCUGUACCAGCAGAUCAAGGCUGGAGCCUACGACUUCCCAUCCCCUGAGUGGGACACGGUUACUCCUGAAGCUAAAAACCUCAUCAACCAGAUGUUGACCAUCAACCCAGCCAAGCGAAUCACAGCACAUGAGGCACUGAAGCACCCGUGGGUCUGCCAACGCUCCACAGUGGCCUCCAUGAUGCACAGACAGGAGACUGUGGAGUGUCUGAAGAAGUUCAACGCCCGGAGAAAGCUCAAGGGCGCGAUCCUCACCACCAUGCUGGCCACACGAAAUUUCUCAGUGGGCAGACAGACCACCGCUCCGGCCACAAUGUCCACGGCGGCCUCCGGCACCACCAUGGGGCUGGUGGAACAAGCAGCCAAGAGUUUGCUCAACAAGAAAGCAGAUGGAGCCAAGCCCCAGACGAAUAGCACCAAAAACAGUACAGCUGCCACCAGCCCCAAGGGGACACUUCCUCCAGCCGCCCUGGAGCCUCAGACCACCGUCAUUCAUAACCCCGUGGAUGGGGUCAAGGAGUCGUCUGAUAGCACCCACACCACCAUAGAGGACGAAGAUACCAAAGCCCCCAGGAUCUCUGACACCCUGAACACGGUGAGGAGGGGCUCGGGGACUCCGGAAGCCCAGGGCCCCCGCCCCUGCCUGUCUCCGGCUUCCCCAGGCCCCCUGCCUGCCCCGUCACGGAAGCAGGAGGUCAUCAAGAUCACGGAGCAGCUCAUUGAAGCUGUCAACAACGGCGAUUUCGAGGCCUAUGCGAAGAUCUGCGACCCAGGUCUGACCUCCUUUGAGCCUGAAGCUCUGGGUAACCUGGUGGAAGGGAUGGAUUUCCACAGAUUCUACUUCGAGAACUUGCUGGCCAAGAAUAGCAAGCCCAUCCACACGACCAUCUUGAACCCCCAUGUGCACGUCAUUGGCGAGGAUGCAGCCUGCAUUGCCUACAUCCGCCUCACGCAGUACAUGGAUGGGCAGGGCCGGCCCCGUACCAGCCAGUCUGAGGAGACCCGUGUGUGGCAUCGCCGUGACGGCAAGUGGCAGAACGUGCACUUCCACUGCUCGGGCGCACCCGUGGCCCCCCUGCAGUGAAGGCUGCGGCCACUCUGCGGGACUGACUUGCGUCUGGAGCCCGGCCGCCCCCCAGUGCACGGCCUGCUGUCGCAUGUUUGUGUCUGCCUCGUUCCUCCCCUGGUGCCCGUGUCUGCAGAAAACCAAGACCAGAUGUGAUUUCUUUUUAAAAACAAGAUGACAACGACAACCCCCAAAAAAUUGAUGUCGACUGAUAUGGAAACAAAGGAAAACGCUGUAAAAAUCACUGGCUUUGGUGGGGCUUCAAACCAACUGGCCACUCCUCAUCCAAGCCCCGUGUGUCUGUCUGCCUGGCCUCCGAGGACAGCUGGCCAGGCCAUGAACAUGUACACAGGGGGCUGUUCCCAGACAGCGUGCGUCAGCUGGCACCUGCCCCCAGACACCGCAUCCUCCCUGCCUGCCUGGCUUGAGUCAGGAGUGUUAGGCGUCAUCUGAGGCGGUGGGCAGGAACGUGGAGCCUGAGCGUGGCUGUCCUGUUGUCCCCCACUUCCCAUCCCUUCUCCUCCUCCCCUGCUCAGGGUCGCACAACCCAGCAUGGAUGAUGGGUGCAGAGGCCAGGCCACCCAGGGGUAUGACAAGCCAUCCAGGCAGCCCCAAGGACCCAGGGUGCUGGGCUUGGUGGGGAUGUGACACAGGAAGGAGCAGGCUGGGGGCAGGGCAGCAUCCCAGGUCCCCAGGCUGAGGCAGGGUCCAGGCAGGUGUUGGAGAGGCCCGUGCUUCUGGAGUCUGGGCCAGGAGCAGGCAGGGCAGGGAGGACCCCACCAGGCCUCUCAGAGGCUACAGUGUGUUACAGGGACCCCAAGAUGGGGAGAAGGCGGGCUGGGCUUACCUUGAGGUCUCCCGGCAUGCUGGGGCAUGGGGAAUCCAGCACUGAGAGCCAAGGGCAGUUGGCUGGGGGUGGCCUGCUGCAUUAUGGUUUGGGGGUGGUUGGCAGCUGAGAUCACAGAGGUACAGGCCCCCCACCCCAACACCUGCCUUCUUCAAUUCAUGUGUUCAACAAAGAUUUAUGUUGCUCCACAAAUUGAGCCAAGGGAGGGGCAGAGUGGGGGGCAGGACACAGGAUGCUGACCUCCAACAGGGACUGUCCAUUGACACAUGCUCAGAGUGGGAUCCCUUGCCUGUCCUCGGGUGAGCUCAGGACAGCUGCUCCCACCCAUGGACACAGGGUGACAUCUGUCAAUGCCCCCAGCCUUGGGCAGCACAGGGCUGGCCAUGGACCUCAUGUGGCCUGGCCACAUCACCUCCUGGGGCCUCUGCCCUCCCCCAGUCAUCUGUUACCUCCACGGAGCUGCCUGUUUGGGAUAAUCUGGGGACUUUUUCUGGGGUGGGGUUCUUUUGCAUGACCCCUCAUGAGCGUGCCACACUCUCCCAGCUCCAGUCCAUGGGGUGGUGGUGUCGGCAGGCCUUUCCUCUUCUUUUUGCUGGGUUUCAUUGUCUUUACUUUCUGAGCCUUGUAAGUGUACAAAAAUUUUGUUCUGUCUCGGGAAACUGCAAAUAAAAGAGAAACAGGACAAAACA